AUGGGCGUCCGCACCCGAAGACCGCUUCUGCCAGCCCCUACAGACUCAUCCAUUGUCGACACCAGUGGUGGCAGCGUCACAGGCACAGAUUUGGGAACUGACUUAUCUCGCCGCACAGACAAGACAAGUUAUUCGAUUCCCGACGACGGGAGUCCCGUCAUAAUUCCCACUCGACGGAAGCACCGCUCUCGCGGUGAGGACACCAAACUGUCUCGCUCAGCGCAUCACUCCCAGACCUCCCUACUCAUCGAAUACUUCGAGGGUGGGAAGGGUUCUGGUGGUACUAGUAUAGUUUCCCGUCCUAGUGUCCGUGUCCGAGUCACUCCCUCCUCGUCCGCGAAGAAGUCCAAGGAACCGAGUGUCCACAUCACCGACUCCGCUGGAAACCGGAGGCCAUCAUAUUCCCGUCACAUUUCCCUAGGUUCUCCGUCAAAGCAAAAGUCAGGUGGCGAGGCUGCUGGCGAUGAUCUGAGCUAUACCUCUUCGGUAGACGACAAUCAGAAUCCCGGACCGGUGGAGGUUGAGCUCAUGAAUCGCGAUCAAGGAAGUGAGCUCUCAACCCGCAGGUACCUGCCAGCUUCCGACAUCUCUUCGAUGCCUGCGGAUAGCAUGCUCGAAGCUCCAUCUUCUGGUCCAGCCCCACGCCGAAAGCGUAGUCAAAGCCGGGAAAGGGCGCUUGAAGAACCCGAGCACGAGGCUGAUCCUAAAGAUUUUCUCAAAACCCCGAGUCGCCAGAGAAGCCGCAGUUUGAGCACGGAGAGAAUUGCUCAGCGCGCCGCGGAAAAGGUUAGCAAUUACUCUCGCGACGCCUCGAGCAAACGCCGGUCGGAUAAAAAUCGAGGCAUCGCCACCGACUACCAUGAUAUAGAAUCGAAGCCAUCGCGUCGUCGAAGCAAAAAUAAGGAAGACAAUAUGGCGAGCCCCGAGUCUAGCUUGCUCAGCGCUUCUGGUGUUUCAUCAAAUCGCCGCUCUGGCGGUCCAUAUGACUUCCGCGCCAACACAUCCAAGUCUUCAUUGAACAAUCCGAAACUCCUUGAAACUGUCGAAGAUGCCAUCCGGAGGUUGAUUUUACCAGAACUCAAGGAGCUGAAGAAGGACCAGAAGGUUAUCACCAACACAUCAAAAUUCGAACGCGAUUUGAGCAAUUCCUACUCUCCGGCAAGCUCUGAAUCCCGCGAGGGUGGGCUGAUGAGGCGGCUCUCAAAGCACGCAAGUGCGCCAAACGUUCGGAAGCCCAAGGUUGUCCUCAACAGGGAUAGCAAAGAUGAAGGCAUUGUUCUUGCAGAUGACUCUGUUUCAUCCCAAAAGGGCCGUAGGGCUAGCCGAGAUAGUGAGAUGACUUCGGACACAAGUUACAUCAAGGGUCUUCGACAUGAACCGAGCGACCAGGACAUGGUACGGCGACACAGAAGCAAAGGCCUACGAGAUGCUGAGAAAGCUGGUAUUGUCGGCAGUCGUUUAACCGCAAACAACCUCAAGCACCAUGACUCGCGGUCGAGCAUCGAUAAAUAUGAGAGCCAGAGAGACAGCGAACCCAAAAACGUCAAUGAGACCGAACUCGUGUUUCAAAAACACAAUGUCGCUCCGAUGCCCUUCCGCAGUGCGCUUGAAUCGGAUCUCAUGACAAGAGACUCGAUCCUCUCAGAGCAAACUGUAGAACCUGAACCUCGAGGUUCGCGAAAUGACUUGGGGCUUAAGCACAGCAAUAUGUCCAGUCAUAACAUAUCUGUUCACAGCAUCUCCGACCAGGGUCGCGAAUGGAGCCAUUCCCCCUCUAUCGAAGGCGCGGCCGGCACUAUUGCUGCUGCUGCAGCUGCCAAUCUCUUGGACACUCAUUCGGACAAUCGUGAGCUCAGCUACGGUGACCAUCUCAACGCCAGGCGCGCUCUCAGUCCAAUCCAAAGUGUUGCCAGCAACCAGAGUGAAUCUCACGUCCGCCAAGAUUCAACGCAACAUGUUCCCCAAGAGUACUCCGGAGACGAGAGGGAUAUGGAGCCGAGACUCUCUAUUGAGUCCCUCUCUUCUGCCCCUAGUACGAGUCUUGCACGAUCCCAACGCCCGGCAGGUUUCACCGAGAGCCAAGAGGAGAUAUACAGAAACCAAAAGGGAACCAGUGUGGAUCUUGGCUACGAGGAAUCCACUCUGCGAUCUCCGCAGUCACCUAGAGAGCGUCACUGGCCAGAAGAGUCGGACGAAGGAGACGACUAUCGACACUCGCUCGCGGAAACUGCAAGCAUUGAACCUCGGAACAUGGCCGACUACGCAGAUGGCAGUGAAAGUGAUUUCAUCGAAAAAGCGAACCAGGGCCGCCCAGUUGGUGAAGGUGUCGCUAUAAACCCUAAGUUUGUCCACCCGAUAGCCGUCGAGUCAGCUGUGGCUUCAGUUCUUGAUCCCUCAAUCCUGGAUACAAAGUCCAACCAAUCUGGAGCAAGCCAGUCGCGCUCAAACACCUAUGUGCAGAACGAUUCUGGUAGCACGAGGUCCUUGGGACAAUUAAACGACCCAGCCCAAACUUCUCGCCAGGGAAGCCCCCUAAAACAACGAAUGGAUGCGUCCAGUCCAGAUGCAACAUCCUUCCCCAGACGCAUGGGUGUCACCUCCCCGCCACAAAGCGUCACACAGUCAUUGGAUGACUUAACCGACCCGGUCAAAUUGCACCCUACCCAGCACGUUGAAAGCUCAAGUCCACUUCCCGAAGAUCGUGAUCUAAGCCCCGAAGCCGAAUCCGAAAUAAACACAAACCCAUCCAUCAUACAGGGCCCUAUCGGAGGUGUCCCUCAAGACAACUCUUGGCCAUACGAGCCGGUGUCGGCGGACCGCGGCCAGUCGCCCCUUUUUGACGGCGCUGGCCCUGCCGCUGCUGCAGGCGCCGGUCUCGCCUAUGCUUCUGCUAGAGAAGCCGGCUAUGGCCAGGAUUACUACCCUGAAGAUGAUUACGGUGCCGAGGCCUACCAAGACCAGCAGUACGGAAAUGAGGGUGUGUUCAGCACGCCCCCAGGGGCUAAGGAUGAGGGAUAUGUGUCAGCAGCCAACCCCAUUUCCCCAAGCCCUGAACUAGGCACGAAGGGGUUCGGCGGGAUUGAUACUAACGGCCUCGGCCUGUUUGAUAGCCCCACGGGCGCCGAUGAUUCCUUCGGACCAUCACAUCAGCGACACCUCAGCGGUUACUCCCAUGGAGUUGGCUCGCCUUUGUAUGACAGUGCAACAGGACGCGGAAUCGAACGAAUUCAGUCCAAGGAUAUCGUUGCACUCAUGGACCACCUCACGGUUCGCGAUGCUCAGCGAAAUGCUCGAGACACAGAGAUCCUGGUGACUCUGGUCCGAAGUGCCGCUGAAAUGCGUAACUCGUUCGAGGAAAUGAAGAAGUUCAUUUCCCAGCAGGAUGGUAUGCUGCAAGAUGCCAACGAGCGACAGCACGAGCGGACAUACAAAGCCAUUGGCGGGCCGCGUCCGCUACCUAUUAAUGGUAAUAGGAGCGCUCGCCAGACUUCCGUGGAUGAUGGAGAAGCGAAACGAAAGAACGUGUUCAAGCGAGCGUUGAAGGGGCUCAGCCUUAAAUCGGGCAAUGACCUGACAAGAAUCGAGGAGAUGCUGGAACAGCUUCUUGAUGAGAUGGAUUCUCUGCGAACUAGCCAAAACGACAUGCUACGGAGCGGAAACCGAGGUCCAGCCAGUGUUGACCUUGACGGUUACGAGCCUGAGGGACAUGCCGGCACGUCAUCUCCUGGUGACCACUCUGGAUUCCUUUCCAACUCCUCUCGGGCUGCUCCUGAACCUCGUGGAACGCAGAGGGGCAUUGAAACUCGCGUCAGCACAGUGCCGGAAGCCGACGAAGACGAGGAGACUGAUGAACGGGGAGAUUUCUUGAGCCCGCAGCUGCCCUUGCAAGAGACUACGGAUACGCAAAGAGAGAGAGCCGGGUCUGCGCCGCUCUCGACUCCUCCACGGGCAGCAGUUGCAUCAGGGGGCCUGAGCCACAGCAAUGAGACAACGCCCAAGACGAACGAGAAGGCCCGAAAACACAAGUCUAGUAGCUCGUCUUUCUUUCCUAAGAUCUCUCGCUGGUCAAGAACCACAGCGUCAUCCAUGGGAGACAACAUCCGCAACAGCAUGCAGCCUGGUCGCAAAGAGCGUGUGUCCUUCGAUACAUCGCGUUCCGGAUCCGACAUUGAGAAUAAUGUUUAUAAAUCGCCCAAUUACUACGAUCCUCAAGGUGACGACAGAAUCCGCUCAAACUACACCCUCGACGAAGGGUCGCCGCAGCAGGAAAACCGACCACCCUCACCGUUGGUUCCAUCUCAAGUCUCCGAGGCCCCCAAGUAUCGAGCACACCGUGGUAGCCUGGACUUGCAGCACCCUCAGCCGCGUCAGGGGCCCACUGGUCGAUACCAGACCCAGCUAGAGUCGCAGGCGCAAAUCUACGGGACAAACGGCAACCACUCAGGCCAGUGGGGAUCAAACCCCAGCUUCUCCGCUCUCAAUGGGAACCGACGAUCCAGCGGCGGAAGCCGUCUCUCUCCCAUCUCAGACGCAGGUUACUCAGAAACCAGCGCGCGGUCCUCGCGACAGGGACCUCCACGACCACCCAAGGUCAAGGACGACGGGCCUCUAUUCCCAGAGAGACCGCCUAAGAUCAAGGAAGGCGAAGAACAGUCAUAUGCGGACCGCGUUGCUUCACGGGGCUCUGCUAUGCAGUCUCCACGCAACACGCCGCCCACGCGAAAGCCGACUGGACCUCGACCUCUGAACUCGAACAGCCAAUACAAUAGCCCCAACAGGAGAAGGCGAAACUACCGCGACAGCCCUGAACAAGUUGAUGACGAGCACGACUACUAA